AUACACGCGCCAUACAUUAGCCAUUGAACGAGAUAUAUAUAUCAAAGCGUGUUUUUCUCCUUGAAAAUAUUGCAAAGAAAUUAAGAAAUUGUAUUAAAUAUACCAAUAUCCCAUAAGUAUGCCAAAACCCAGAGGACCGCGUCCAAACUAUAAUAAUACAGCCAGUGGUGGCUCAGGCUCUCGUUUUUCCGCAUUAAAUGAUUAUCAAAAUGAACACGACGAUCGUAAUAAUGAUGGACGCAAAAAAGAACGCAAUACCACCAGAAGAGUGAGUUUUAAGCCUUCAGCAUUUCAAAAUAAAGGCGCUAUUAAAGGCCGAGUCAAUGAAUUGGCUUUGCGUACCCGUUUGGAAGAUGAUGAGGAUAUGGAUGGUUUGGUGACAACAUUGAAUUAUGAAGAUCGUUCACAAGGAUCUCGCCGCAAAGGCUCACCAAUACCCAAAGGCAAAUUUGGUCGAGGACGCAAACUAUCACCUAGUCAAUUUGGAUGGUAUCAAGUCACGAUUUAUUUUAAUUUGCAGAUACAAGCUGGCCAACGCUAUUCCAAGGAUGAUCUUAUACGUGCCUUGCUCAACAGUCUUUCGCCCGAUAUCUUUAUACCCCUCUAUUGGCGUACUGAGAAGAAUUGCGUUGUCUUCUUCGUGGAUGAUUUUGCCAUAGCAUUGCGUCUCACCCAACUCGAGCGUAAUGUACAAAUGUCCGAUGGCUAUCGUCUGUUCAUACGCGUUCGAGACGGUUAUCCCUUGGUCUCAGUGGAUGAGCCAUUUAAAGAGAAAAUGAAAUUAGCCAUGGCCAAGAGAUACAAUGCACAUACUAAGGCUUUAGAUUUAACCAAAUUCCAUGCAGAUCCCGAUUUUCGCCAAAUUUUUGUGGGCCUAUUUCGUAACCCUGUGUUGUCUGCAGCUUUGGAUAUCAUUCAAAAGAAUAUACCCGAUUUGGAGGCUUUGAAUUUGAAUGACAACAAUUUGAAUUCCUUGGAGAGUUUUAAGAGCAUUGAGACAAGAUUGCCACAUUUGAAAAUCUUAUAUUUGGGAGGCAACAAUAUUGCCUCAUUAGCCCAUUUGUUGGUCUUGCGCAACGUACCCAUUAUCGAUUUGGUUUUGAAAAACAAUCCAUUACGUCAACGCUAUAAAGAUCAUGCCCUCUAUGUCAGUGAAGUACGACGUAAAUUUCCCAAAUUAGUGAAAUUGGAUGGUGAAGAUUUGGAACCCCAAAUUCUUUUCGAUGUCAAUGAUACUUCAACUAUGCCCAAAGCUCAAGCCUCAUUUCUAUGUGAUGCUUCGGGUGCAGAUAUUAUAAGACAAUUUUUGGAACAAUAUUUUAUGAUAUUCGAUUCGGAUAAUCGUCAGCCCCUACUGGAUGCAUAUCAUGAACAAGCCAUGAUGUCUAUGUCGGUGCCGCCAGCUAGCCAAGCAGGAAGGUUAAAUGCCUUCUGGAAAUACAAUCGUAAUUUUCGGCGUAUUGUUAAUAAUGAUGAUGUUUCACGUUUGAGACAAUUGAAAGUGGGUCGUUUGCCUGUAGUCUCAAAUCUGGCCGAGUGGCCAAAAACCCAACAUGAUCCACAAUCGUUUACAGUCGAUUUGACUUUAUUCACGCCCAAACUUAUCUCCUUUACUGUUGCUGGUCUCUUCAAAGAAUUGGAAUCGACCACAUCGACAAAUGGAGACAUUCGCUACUUCCAAAGACAAUUUGUUAUAGUACCCGCAGGCGGUGGUUUUUGUAUACGCAAUGAAAUGAUAUUUGUUACAAGUGCUACAGGGCAACAGGCGCGCACAUUCUUGAAAACACCAUCGGUACAGGCGUCAGCAGCUGGGACUGCCUCAAAUUUGCCAACAACAGCUGCAGGCAGUCUACAAAGUCGCUUACAAAUGCAACAGCCAUCGACUUCUGCCGCCGCUUUAAUGUCAACUCCCGCCCCAGUUCCCACGCAACCCGAUGAUGCUACAAAAAUGCAAAUGAUUCAGGCUAUGAUUGCCCAAAGCAACAUGAACAUGGAGUGGAGUAGGAAGUGUUUGGAAGAAACCAAUUGGGACUACAAUCAUGCAGCUUUUGUUUUUGACAAAUUAAACAGGGAGGGUAAAAUACCUCCGGAAGCUUUUAUUAAAUAAAUAAAUAGUUACAUCUAGUUUUAUUAAGAAACCUCUCGUUUGUUGACUUGCACAUUUAUUUUGGGAAUAAUUGUUCAAACCCUUUUUCCAGGGAGAGCAUUUUAACAGAGUUGCCUUCUUUUAAGCACAAAAAGUAGAGUUUAAACUUUAAUUUCUCUCUCUCUCUCUCUCUCUCCCUCAUACCCUUUACUUUCUCUCUAUUUUAUAAAUUGAAAAGGCUAUUAUUGACCAAUUACACUCUUGAUUUAUUGUUUUCUUUUUUUUAACAAAAUUGAAUAUGCAAUUGUGUGUAUGAACUUUGUAAUUUUUUUUAUACAUUUUAUUUAGCCAGUUUUAUACAAACAACAACAUAUCCUUUAAAUGUGUAAUGUUUGUUAAUUCUAUGAUUUUUCUACUAACAGAAUACCCCAAACUUUUUUUUUAUACACCUUGUAUGUCUCAAUUGAUUUCGAUAUGCAAAAAUUAAAUCACUAAGGACAAAAAAUUUUUCCACAGACAUUAAAGCACAGCUAUUAAAGGAUU